AUGCCGUCCCUGUCGGCGCUGUCGGUGCGGCCGCCCAUUGUGCGGAUCGCCAACGGCACCUUUUACCGACAGCAUCCCAGUUCAGUGCCAGCGAGAACCGGUCCGCAAGCAGCCCAGGGCCACCGGCCGCUGUUUUCGAAUCUGCGCUUCGAGCUGCCUGCAGGCGAUGGCGCGUCGUCCUGGUGUGUUGUCGGGCCCUCUCUGUCCGGCAAGACGACCUUUCUGCAGCUCCUGCAGGGCCAGCACAUCUGCCUGCCUCCAGCGGCCCGGUCGUUUCCGUAUCUGGCCACCGAAGCGGUGCCGGCGCGGCUCAAGAGCGCCUCACAGGCCCUGCGCUAUGUCGGGUUCGACACCGAGGGCAGCGGUCUGGGUCCGGCCACGUCGGCCUACCUGUCGGCGCGGUAUGAGUCGUUGCGCGAGACGACCGACUUUUCGCUGCGCGACUACCUUGGCGGCAACACGGAGCUGAAUCCGUACGAGGGCACCGACCAGAGGCCGUCGUCCUCGUCCGGUCUAUUUGAGCGCGUCGUCUGUGAUCUGCGGCUCGACAGCCUGCUGGACCUGCCGGUGGCCUUUCUGUCCAACGGCCAGGGCCGGCGCGCUCGCAUCGGACGAGCACUGCUGAUGCGACCGGCCGUGCUGCUGCUGGACGAGCCAUUCAUGGGCCUGGACCCACCGACAGUGGCCGGACUGAGUCCUCUGCUGCGCGAUAUGGCCGCGGCCGCCGAGCCGCAGCUGGUUCUGAGCUCACGGCCACAGGACCCACUGCCGACCUGGAUCACUCAUCUGGCGUAUUUGCGGACAGAUUGCCAGGUGGCGGCCAUGGGGCCACGCGACAUGGUGCUGGACCGGCUGCGCAGCUAUGUGCGUGGCGUGCGGGCCGGCACGCUGGCUGAGGACGACAAGAUGCCGGUGCGCACGCUCGGCGAGAUGGGCCGGCUGUUGACGGAUCGAGGAAUCCAAGGUCGGGGAUUGGACGAGGAGACACAUCCAAUACAACCAACACAAACAGUAAAGACUACCCCCACCCCCCUCGGUGAGCCCCUCGUCGAGAUGGACGGCUGUCGGGUGCAGUAUGGCGAUCAUGUGGUGCUGGGCAACUGGACCGACAGCUCCCAGGCCUCGUCUGGGCUCGUCUGGACCGUUCGACGCGGCGAGCGCUGGGGCCUGUUUGGGCCCAACGGCUCCGGCAAGACCACGCUCGUGUCGCUGCUGUGCUCGGACCAUCCGCAGACGUAUUCGCUGCCGAUCCGGCUGUUUGGCCGCAGCCGUCUGCCGGAACGGCCAUCGGACUCGUCGUCGUCGUCGUCGGUCCCCUACCGGCCCCCCCUUACCUUCUGGGACAUUCAGGCCCGCAUCGGCCACUCAAGCCCCGAGGUCCACCAGCACAUGCCGCGCAGCCUGACGGCUCGCCAGGUCGUUGAGAGUGCCUGGGCCGACACGUUCCGGUCGCGGCCACAGCUGUCAGCCGAGGCCCCGGACUUGGUCGAUGCCUGUCUGCAGUGGUUCGCGCCAGAGCUGGGGACGAGCCGCGGAGGGAGCUCGACCGAUGUCCCCCUCUUUGGCGAGCUUUCCUUUAGCGCACAGCGUGUCCUCUUGCUCGUCCGCGCUGCCAUCAAGCACCCCGACAUCGUCGUCCUCGACGAGGCUUUCAGCGGCAUGGACGAACGCGUCCGCGACAAGUGCGCCCACUUCCUCAGCCACGGCAUCCCGCACCACGACCGCCUCACCGGCCUCACCGACCGUCAGGCCCUCAUCUGCAUCGCUCACGUCCGAGAAGAGGUCCCCGACAUCGUGCGCGAGUGGCUGUGCCUACCAGAGGCCAACACCGGACGGCCACCGCGCUUCGGCCGCCUCGAUGGUCCCCUGCGGACCAGUCGUCGUCGCUGGGAUGAUAUUUGGGGACAGAUGAGUACAGUUGAAAGUUCAGUCGAUUGA